CUUUCCUGUUACAAUGCUAUUUCAAAAAAGGGUGAUGUAGCAAAGCUGGAACUGCCAUCAUAUUUGUCAUUCAAAACUUGAAUAGUCAGACAGAUGAAAUGGUCAGUAGAGGGAGCAGGCACCUGGGGAGGCAGCUGGUCUUCCUGAAUGCUGUGCUGCUGGCUGAGCUAGAACUUUGAACACUGCUACAGGUGCUGAAGUUACAGCAGAGGUCAGAAAGUCUGCAAGUGAGCUAAUGCCCAAGAAUCAUUAACCAAAUCCCUGCUGCUGUUCGUGGGAGCCUCAGCUGCGGCCAUGUGACUUAACGUCAUAGAAGAUCAUUACCUAUCAGUGCAAACAUAUGGCAAAGUCUGUCCCUGUUAUUACUUAUCUCAGAGUGCAAGGGGGCUGUGACAUUUCAAGCAAAGCCUAUUGGUGUGGGAGUUUCUACGUGAGGUUUCUUAAAGAAACGCUUCCUUUUUAACCUUAGUACUGCGUGGGAAAGUGUAGCGAAUGUCUUUCUCUAGAAGACCAGAAGUUUUGCAUAAUUCUCCUAUCCCUCUAUGGAUGGAGAAGAAAUGCUGAUACAGCAUUCUGAUAUGGCUGUGAACUUCACAUUUACUUGCACUUUGGAAAGUUAGAUUGUUGUUUUCUGAGAUGAAUUUCUCAGAAAAAUAUGAUUUUGAAGAUGACUUCAGUAGAAGUGUUUCUGCCAAUGAGAGGGUUCCUUCUGGAAUCUUGUUUCAGACUAUGAACUACGUAGGACAACUUGCAGGACAAGUCCUGGUUACUGUGAAGGAACUGUACAAAGGCAUUAAUCAGGCCACCCUUUCAGGAUGCAUUGAUGUCAUUGUGGUCCGGCAGCAGGAUGGUACAUACCAGUGUUCUCCUUUUCAUGUCCGAUUUGGGAAGCUUGGUGUCUUGCGCUCUAAAGAAAAAGUGAUUGAUAUAGAAAUUAAUGGCGAUGCUGUUGAUCUUCAUAUGAAACUGGGUGACAAUGGAGAAGCAUUCUUUGUACAAGAGACUGAAGAGGAAAAUGAAAAAGUUCCUGCAUAUUUGGCCACAUCUCCAAUACCUACUGAAGACCAGUUUUUUAAAGACACUGACAAUCAUUUGAUACCAGGUGAAAGUGAGAGGACAUGCACAAACUCAGAAAUUCCACAUGCUAUGGAAACAGAGACUGUAUUCACCCCAGGAUCAGUGAAAAAGAAAAAAAGAAGAAGAAAGAAAUACAAACAAGAUAUCAGGAAAGAAGAUCAAAUUUCUUCUACUGGGACAGAAGAGAUUUUUGAAAUGGAAAUAAGCUCAGAUGAUGAGAAAAGUGUUCAGCCCCUAAGAGGAUCCUCAAAUUCUUCACCAAAAGGUGAAGAACAAAAAGAAUCUUUGAUUUAUCACUCGAAGGAUCAUUACCCAUUAUCUGAUGGAGACUGGUCCCCUCUGGAUAACCCUUACUCUGAGCCAGUCUGCCCUAAAAGUGAUUCAGAACUGGAAGUUAAACCUGCUGAGAGUUUGCUCAGAUCCGAAUCUCACAUGGAAUGGACAUGGGGAGGAUUCCCGGAAUCAACCAAGAUAAGCAAGAAAGAGAAACUGGAACAUCCCAGAACAGCUACCAUUACUCCAUCAGAGAAGACUCAUUUUAGAGUCAUCCUCAGCUCUGAUGAAGUUGAAGAUGAUGAUGUUGUGAAAGAUUCUGUCUGUACAGUACUGAAACCUGAGCCAAGAACUCAUCCUAUGCUUAAGCAGAUGGAUGGUAAAGAUUCUCUCGCUUCUGCAAUUAUAGAGCCACAAGAUUCCUUACCGUUAGAUUCUGACCAUCAUUCCAGACUGUUGGUGGACUCUUUACCAGAAACAAAGCCAACAGCAAAAGUUGACUCUCCUUCAAAAAAGAAAGGGGUGCACAAGCGAAGUCAUCACCAGGGCCCUGAUGAUAUUUACUUGGAGGACCUAAAAGCUUUGGAACCUGAAGUUGCAGCACUCUACUUUCCCAAAAGUGAUUCUGAUCCAGGCUUCAGACAAUGGACUGAGUCAGAUAAUCUUUCUGGUUCCCAGUCACCCCAAUCAGUAGGAAGUGCUGCUGCUGAUAGUGGCACAGAGUGCAUGUCUGAUUCUGCUAUGGACUUGCCUGAUGUCACGCUCUCACUUUGUGGAGGUCUCAAUGAAAACGGCGAGAUUUCUAAAGAAAAGUUCAUGGAGCAUAUUAUUACUUAUCAUGAAUUUGCUGAAAACCCUGGACUCAUAGACAAUCCUAAUUUGGUAAUAAGGAUUUAUAACAGGUAUUAUAACUGGGCAUUGGCUGCUCCAAUGAUUUUGAGUUUGCAAGUAUUUCAGAAAAGUUUGCCUAAGGCUACCGUUGAAUCUUGGGUCAAAGAAAAGAUGCCAAAGAAGUCUGGAAGGUGGUGGUUCUGGCGCAAGAGAGAAAGCAUGACUAAACAGAUACCAGAAGCAAAAGAGGGGAAGUCUGAGACACAAAGAGCAAAUGAACUGCCAGCAACUAUAAAAGAGCAAGUUAAUAGUAGACCCCCAGAAGAUGAUUCAUCUAGUGAUGAAGCAUCACAGGAAUUGAAGGAAUCCUUGAAAAUAGAUUCUGCUCCAGUAGAGCAUCCAACUCAUGGGAAUGUUCCAUCUUACAAGAAGUCACUUCGGCUGUCUUCCGACCAAAUCGCAAAGUUGAAGCUCAGAGAUGGCCCUAACGAUGUUGUGUUUAGUAUCACAACCCAGUAUCAGGGGACUUGCCGUUGUGCAGGAACAAUAUAUCUCUGGAACUGGGAUGACAAAAUCAUCAUAUCAGACAUUGAUGGAACAAUAACCAAGUCUGAUGCUUUGGGACAGAUACUCCCUCAGCUUGGCAAGGACUGGACUCAUCAGGGCAUUGCAAAACUCUAUCAUUCCAUAAAUGAAAAUGGCUACAAGUUUCUGUACUGUUCUGCUCGUGCCAUUGGAAUGGCGGAUAUGACUAGAGGAUACCUACACUGGGUGAACGACAAAGGAACAAUUCUUCCCAAGGGACCUCUCAUGUUGUCCCCCAGCAGUUUAUUUUCUGCCUUUCAUAGGGAAGUAAUAGAAAAGAAGCCUGAAAAGUUCAAAAUCGAAUGUUUGAAUGAUAUCAAGAAUUUGUUUGCUCCCAGUAAACAACCUUUCUAUGCUGCUUUUGGAAACAGGCCCAAUGAUGUAUAUGCCUACAUGCAAGUGGGAGUACCAGACUGCAGAAUAUUUACUGUGAAUCCAAAGGGUGAACUGAUCCAAGAAAGGACUAAGGGAAACAAAUCUUCGUAUUACAGACUAAGUGAGCUUGUGGAACAUGUGUUCCCAUUGCUUAAUAAAGAACAGAGUUCUGCAUUUCCAUGCCCAGAAUUUAGCUCCUUUUGCUAUUGGAGAGAUCCUCUUCCUGACCUUAACAUGGAAGACCUGGCCUGAAAAAUACUUCUCACCUAGAAAUGGAAUUUCAUUUUCAGCUACUCGACUUCAGUUUAAAUGUGAAGAACUUUCUUAAUGAAGAUUCUAAUUUAUAUACUGGUACCAUAAGUCUUACUAAAGAGAUCACUUUAACUCCGUUGGUGUAAGACGAAGAAAAUGCAAAGCUGCUGUCCAAUUUUUUGUGGGCUUUUGAUUUUUUUUGUCUGUUUCUUUAUUGCCUGUCUUUGUAUACCUGUUCUAAGACACUUGAGAUUGGUCUGUCAUUGAUGGCCAUGGUACCCAAGAGCUUCAUGGCAACUAAAUGCUGAGUGACUUUGCAUUUUCAUCAGUCAGACCUUAUUGUAGGCAUAGAUUUUUUUGUAUUAGUCUUAAUAGUAUAUUUUCUAAAACAAAGCCAAAAAGUAUACGGAAACUGCCAAAUAGAAUGUCAGACCUAUUAAUAAAAUCCAUGGUCUAAUGUUCAGAUGGGCAAUUAGACCUUUUUUGCAGAGGAUCCAGAACUGAAGACAGUGUGCUCUUUCUCCACUAAAAUACAGAAAAUGUGUGGCCAUUACUAGGCUGACAGUGUGUAGACACAAAAUUCAUCUUCAAAUGUAAAUAUGCCUUCUGUCACAUGUGCAACACUGUUCUUGUACAGUUUGUGCUCAAACUAACUCUGCUGCUUUUUUUUUUUUAAUAUGCAAUGCUUAAACUAUUUCAUAAGCUUGUUAAAAUGAAAGUUGUUGUCAGAUAUUAGUAUGGCUUUUGUUGCUUUCAGGCUGCACUAUUUCAUGUUAAAUGUCCAUCAAGAGAAAUCUCGAAAGUUUCCGUAAGAGCUGGGGAACUGGCAUUUUGAUUUCACUUUUCAUCAUGGAGGUGUGUGUGUGUGUGUGUGUAUGCUACGUAGGCCAGUAAAAAGUAUGUUCAGAUUAUAUUCAGGGAAUUGUUAUACUAAAAAAAAAAAAGUAUUUAAUUUUUUUAAUUACCUACUGCAGGUCUUUCCAGAAUUCUGUAUUGCAGAUUUUCACUAGGUGGAAGGAACUGUGGCUCAAUAGUGAGAUUCCAGGUAUAAGAAUGGUUAAAUGCUGCAGAGCAGAAUAAAAUCUUUUUUUUUUUCUUUUUUCUUUUCAUUUUUUUUUCUCCUUUUGUUUUAUUCAUAAACAUUGUGCUGGUCAUUCCUCAGGUUCAGAUCAGAGCCUGAGAACAAACUGCAUUCCAAGUCUUGUGUUUAUCAGCUGUGAAAGCGGCUAAUUAAUUUCUCUUUCCAAAAAUACUUGAAAAUAAGAGAAAAGUAGUUCUGCUUUUUAAGUUGAGCUAGUACAUUUUACCUCCUUAGGAUAAGUCUGUGGUGAAAAUUAUAUGCUUCUAGCCCUUAGGGUUUAAUGCCUUCAGCCAUUUAAACUUCAGUCCCAAACUUUUUGUUGGUGCGGUCUUUUCUGAUACUUUUUAAGCAAGAAGUUCCUGAAGCUGUGUACCAAGGAUCCUGCCAGGCUUUGGAGCUGAGCUCUCACCUUUACACAACUCCCAGUGGCAAAGUGAUCUUUAGAAGGUACGUGUAUGGCUACUGCUGCAGUGCAUACCUAGGGCUGCUUCUGAGAGAAGCGUGGCUUGGCCAGGCCCUUCUGCUCCAACUUAAUUGACCUGGGUGUAGAAGAAGACCUCUGUUAUGCUAAAUGCUGAAGAGUACAUUUAGAGAAUUUUACCCCACGCACAGGAAUGUUUCCUUUAUCAAGCUGAGUAGUCUUAACCUAGCAUUCUCAUGUAACAGCAGCCUAAUGCUAGACAACUGGUGAAUUGCAUGGGGGCAGUAAUUUUCAGAUUGCUAUAUAAAUUAAAUUACCUUUUAUUUUCUUAUAAAAUUCCAGAUAUUCCUGUGACUAUAAAGCAUUAGAAAAGAAAGGGGGAUGGGGAUCAGGGUAAAUGUGGAAGCUCUCAUUCAGAAUGGGAUUAUGAGGAUGGAAAGGAAAAUACACCUGUCUGUCGUGUGCCAUGUGUGUUAACUGACUUGAAGGACAUCCUUAAACAAUGAGAACAAUACAUUCAGUGACUGUUUCAGCAAAUUUUUGCUCCUGUCAUCAAUCUACUGAGUGUUUAAGUGGAUUUCACAGGAUUCAACUGAAAGCAUAUUUUGCUCUACUGCAUUAUUUUAUUUGCACUAUGUCAGAAGCUUGCAAAUGUCAUUCCAUGUAUCUUUUCCUUUCUUUUUUAAACUUUUACUCCCUAGAUUUCUGUAGAAACUUACAUUUUCAUGAUCACUAAGUGCUUUGAAAAUCAACAGGAUUUGAGCGUUUAAGCCACUUAAAUACCUUAAGAUAUGUAAGAAUUCACAUAAUAUUUUAAUUGCAAGUUGUAAUAGUAUGUGUGAAGAUUCUAUUUUUCAUGAAGGUGAUGAAACUGCUUCUGCUAAGGCAGUCCCUUGUGGAAGUCAAAAUCUUACGUACCAUCCCUGACUUAUUCUUGGCGGCCUUGAUGUUACAUAGGUUUGGGGAAGGAGGAACACUGUGAGAAAAAUACGAUUUGUCUGCAGUGGGAUUCCAAACUGUGCAGAUUGUUACCAAGGCUUGGCUGUAUCUUUGUUCAUUUUUACUUUGGUUAUUUUUUUAAAUCUUAAAUUCUAUUCAUCUUUCUUGGUUGGUAAGAAGAGAAACUGGAUUUUCAGGUGGGGACUUGGAUCGGCAGUGAGAAUUAAUGAAUCAAGAGUAUUUCCAAAUGCAUAUGAUUCCAGAUGAUAUGAAUAUGGAUGUGGCUGCAGUGAGCUCCUCAUUCUGCUGACCUGUUGUUUUACAGUAUAGGGAUGUUCAAAAAGUUGCUUACUUAAAAAUUUUGCUUUUCAAUCUCUGUAAUAGCUGCUCUAUUUGGUUUUUGGUGAUAUGUAAAAGUGUUCUUGACUAUUUCUGGUACAAGUAAGGUUGAUUGGUUUGGUUUUUGUUUUGUUUUUAAUUUGACUCAUAUGCAAAGCUUUGUUCAGCUUUUUCUAGCCCUCCUGAGGUACAGAAUAUGGGUUACUGUACCUGUCAUUGCAUACCUACAUAGUUUGGAGUACUGGACACUUUAUUGACAAGGAAGGACAUCUUGUUGCUACCAAACUUAGGCUUCUACUGCAAUAUUAAUAUGAAGGGAGGAAUAUAUAGUCUGCAUUAGCCUGUCCUUUGUUACCUUAGUUGAGAGAAGUGGCCUGAAAUCAUGUUUGAAAACAAGUUGUGCUGUACUUAAAACUAGCACAAGUAACAUAUUCUUUCUAUGAAAGAGGAACUUUCUAAGUGUAUGUGUGUGUCAGCACAUACACCUCCCUGUUAAGACUGUGUUGUUGAAGAUGCAGAUCCACUUAGCGUUGGAACCAUCUCAAAAGCUGAGUCAGUGAUACCUAUCCAGGAACAUAUAAAGGAGCACUGCUAUUCAGAACUUGUUAGUGACUUGGACAUUACCCAUUUCUGUGAUGAUUUAAAGAUCAGUAACUUUUAAGUGGUUCACAUUUCUGGAUUAAUUUAUUUUUUACUGUUCAAAGCAUGCUUGUGGUUCAAAAGGUUGGACUUAACCCCUGACAGUAUCCAACUGCAUGUGCAAUAUGGCUUGUGUAUCCUCAGCUUCCUGUCCUUUUUUAUUUUAUAUUUCAACUGGAAAGGUUUUAAUGCUCAUGUCAUCUUACUUAUGGAACUUCUGAAACAAACACUGAAUCUGCAUAUGGUAGAGACAAAAAUAAAUGAGAUUUUGUGUUAAUAUCCAAUACAAGUCUUCCAGAAAAUACUGUCAUAUAAAUAAGAGUUGUUUAAAUGGCUUUAAUGUGAAUUCAUAAUGAAAUGUCAAAAAUAUACGAUGGAUUUGAGAAGCCUUUAAACUGUCACUUUUGCCUAAAGUAGUUUUAGUUUCCAGAGUUGAAUCCUGUUGAAUAGAAUGGAAUUAUUUGGGAUUUUUUUUUUACAGUGUUAAUUAUUUCCAGAUGAAAGUUACAUUUGGGUUUGUUUUGAGGAUAGGAAAACUCUCUUUAAUAGUUUGUUUCAUUUUUAUGGUGAAGAUGUGGAAUAUCUGACUAUUCAGGCAACCCAAUCACUAAUAAGGUAGUGUGUUUAAAGCUGUCAAAUCUGUGACCGUACCAAUAGUGGUUUUUGUUAAGACUGGACUAUCUUGGGUGCAGUAACCCACACUUCAGUGCAAUGCAUAUUGAUGUUGAGAACAAUGUUAUCACAAUAAACAAACUUAAACUCA